CCGCAUUCUCCGCUUCAAUAUAAGUUUGUAACAGUGUCGCAAUUUUCACUUCAAAGUCUGCUGGCGUUUUAAGAGCAUGCUGUCUGCAGACAGGGCUCAGACCGCGAUGGUGGUGGGCUGCCCGUGCCCUUUGCUUUCAGUUGAACCGAUUCGGGGUCUCUUGGACGAAAAACUCAGGAUCACUGUGACAAAUCUGAACCCACAGCAAGAGGUGACCCUUCACUGUCUCCAUCUUUCAGAAGACAAGGACGUGUGGGACGCAUUUGGACACUAUGUGAGCGACGAGCAUGGCAGUGUGACAGUGGCAAAGGACUCCAGCGUGGGAGGCACAUAUACAGGUGUGGAGCCCAUGGCACUCAUGUGGAGCCUGCGGCCAGUACCAGGUAGCCGAAAGGGAUUGAGGUUGCGAAAGCAAGAUGUCCUUUCACCAAUGAUAUUCCACAUUUCUGUGUAUAAUGGACACAUCGCUCAGGACUUUGAAGGACUCAAACCAUUAGUGACUAUCAUCAUAGAAAGGUGGUACAUAGCUCCUGGUGUGCAGAGGGUCGACGUGUGUGAGAAAGGAGUUGAAGGAACUUUGUUUAUCCCUCCAGGUCCUGGCCCAUUUCCAUGUGUGUUGGACAUGUGGGGAGGAGGUGGAGGCCUGGUGGAGUAUCGAGCUGCCCUCCUGGCAUCACAUGGCUUUGUUGCUUUAGCUCUGCAGUAUAUGUUUUCAGAAGAAGUCAAAAAAGUUAACGCCAUUUACUUUGAGGUAGCAUAUCAGAUGUUGCAGGAUCAUCCCAUGGUCAUAAGGGACAGAGUAGCUCUGUUGGGCCUCUCAUUUGGUGGUGCUGUUGCUCUAUCUAUGGCUGCCCACUCCUCUGUCAUUAAGCCCCUGUGUUGUGUAUGCAUCAGCUGCAGUCAUGUCACUCCUGUACGCAAUUCUUUAUCUGAAGUCUAUGAAGCGUUACACAGAAUGUUUUAUAAAGCACGUGUAGAGGAUGAUCAGAUGAUCUGGAGAGACAUCAUCUUGCCCAUUCCAACAGAUCCAGCUGAAAAAGUGGAUGUUGGCCUCAUAAGAUGUCCUUUUCUUGUGAUUGCUGGUGAUGAUGAUCAGAACUGGGCCACACUGGAGUCAGCUGAAGACAUGGUGAAAAUAACUGAAAAGGCAGGAAAUCGGCAUUUGCUCAGUGUCCUCAUCUAUCCUGGUGCAGGACACCUGAUAGAGCCGCCCUACACACCACACCACAGAGCCUCUAACUUUGUGAUUGAAGGCAAAAACAAAGUGAUCAUGCUUUGGGGUGGACAGACUCGACUGCAUUCAUAUGCACAAGAAGACUCAUGGGAGAGAAUUUUGGACUUUUUAUACCAACACCUCUACAGUGCCGCUCCACAGGCCCGACUCUAAUGGCAUGAGUUUUGCUUUGUGAAAUCGAUAAUAGAAAAAUACACAAAACUCCUCCAUACACCUGACUCCACCAGUUUAAGCAGUCCAAUAAAUCAGUUUAAUCAACUUUCAGUGAACUCUGGUUUGGCUUUGGCUUCUACGGCCCUUUACAGGUCAGAAAUGUGUAAAUAAUCUAACAAAAACAGAUAAUUAUUAUUUAGCUAGCAGGCCAGUAAGAAUUUAUCUGCUAUUAUUUUUCCCUAGAAGUAAGAACCGACAGUGAAAAAACUGAAUUUCUUCAAUUGUAUAAAAUACAAAUUAAAGGUGGGGUGCACCAUGUUUGAAAGCCAAUGUUGACAUUUGAAAUCACCAAAACAAACACGCCCCCAACCCAAAUGGGUGUCACCCCUGUUUUGAUAGCUAACACGGGUCCUGCUUCUUGCCUUAUCGUAAGCCUUUUUUCGCUUUUCGUUUUUAUCCGCCAUGUCAAUGUUUCAACCGCUUUCUGCUAAUGUCAUACAUGCGCACUGAACACUCUCUCCGCCACAUAUUGACAAUACACACCCCUUUCUGCUCAUUGGCUACACGUUUGUUUUGUUUGUCGGCCCGACUCAGUUUUCUGAAGCAUUUCUCAAACAACGUGCACACCACCUUUAAUAUAUUCAGCAGUAUAAUCAAGUAUGAACACAUUCAGAUUGAACAGAUAAUGCAAAAAAUGAAUAAUUAAAUAUGAAUUCAGAUCUGAA